AUGGCUGAUGCUAUGAAGCAAGAGCCUUCUUCGCCUGUGAAUGGAAUUGUUAACGAGACGACAUGUAUAGUCAAGACCGCCGAGAAUACUAUUCAAGAAAAUACCUGCAAAUCCAAUCAUGCUAUCAAUGGUUUUCGUAUUAACAAACCGAGCGCAAGUAAUGGCAAACUAGCUUGCCGUAGGGAAGAUAGGGGCGAAGACGUCGAUCAUGUUCAAUCCCAUUUUAGGAAUGAGAGAAAAUUAACGGAAAGGAAAGGAGAAGAUCGUCCAUCCAAAAAGAAUAGUAAUGCCAAAGUUAAUUCUUUAACCUAUACUUCUGAUGACGACGUUUAUUACAAACCGGGAGUGCACAUUAUUUGUAACAAUAAUUUUGUACGAUGUAUCAAAGGAUUAAAUUCUCACUUUAAGGAAUUUAGUUUUGGUAAUGUUAACAACGGAAAUAAUGGCCAUAUUGGUUGGCUACGUGAUCUUAGAUGA